GUCCGGCCCUUGGUAGCGUAGUCAACAUCAACAUCAACUCUGUCCUUUCUCUCUCUCGCCCUCUCACAAACCUCUGUCACUCUUUACACUCACCUUCUUUCACCUUUACCGAUCAAAUCCUUCUCAAUUGGGUCGAAGGAUAAGGUGAGGGUCCGUGAGACAAUCAAUCUCUCCCACUAAUACGCACAUCCACAUCCAUGUCGGUCAUCGACAUCACAAAAGACCUGUCUGCCCUCUUCUCCAGGCAGGUCAAGCAAUCACCUGAUGCCCUAGCUCUCGAAGAUGAAUCCACCUCAUACACAUACGCCGAGCUCGACGCAAAAGUAGAGGCUCUCUCUAAGCGUCUCCGCGGAUAUGGUGUCGUUCGUGACAGUCUGAUCGGCGUUCUCCUCCCUCGCAGUUCAGACUAUGUUAUUGCCUGUCUCGCUUCUCUCCGCGCUGGAGGAGCUUUUCUUGUCUUAGAGCUUGCGUAUCCUCCAGAUCUCCUCGCGGAUGUGAUUGAUGACGCCGAUCCUGCCGUAAUUGUCACUUACAGAAACGAGGUCGGAAAGAUCAAGCCUGGAAUUCCCCUAGUCACCCUCGACGAGGAGCCCGUCGAAAAGGUCCAGGAAAACGGGAAUGGCCAUCUAACCCAGCCUCUUCCACCACUGCCGUCCGACGAGGAUCUAGACCGUCUUUGCUUUGUAGCCUACUCCUCAGGAACCACUGGAAAGCCGAAGGGAAUUGCAAAUCCUCACCGUGCUAGUGUUUUGAGCUACGACCUCCGAUUCCAAUUGUCCGAUAUUGGUCCUGGUGACAGAGUAGCAUGCAAUGUCUUCUUCGUCUGGGAGAUAAUAAGACCCCUGCUCAGAGGAGCCACAGUCGUCGCCGUUCCGGAUGAUGCCAGUUAUGACCCAGUUCUUCUCGUCGAUUUACUUUCUAGGAAAAAGAUAACAGAGACGUUGAUGACACCUACUCUACUAGCUGCGGUAUUGUCAAGACACCAAGCGCUCGAGACCCGUCUGCCACAAUUGAAAUCUCUGUGGCUCAAUGGCGAAGUCGUAACCACAGAUCUCGCACGCCGCACCCUCAAAGCACUCCCCCACACCCGCCUGUUGAACUGUUACAGUGCGUGUGAGACGCAUGAAAUUGCUUGUGGUGACAUCAAAGACAUGCUCACAAAGCUCGAUAGUGAUGCUUUGUACUGUCCCGUGGGCCCCCCGCUUAUUGAUCGCAAAUAUAUCUACAUCCUAGAUGAGAGCGGUCAGCGCGUAGAAGAUGGUACAAGUGGAGAGCUGUUUGUAGGUGGCAAGCUGCUCGCCCGUGGCUACCUCAAUCGCCCAGAGACCACCGCAAGGGCCUUUACUUCGAAUCCCUUCGACUCCAAGCCCGGCUCAAGGAUGUACCGCACCGGCGACAAAGCGCGCCUGCUACCUUCUGGACUGCUCGAGAUCACGGGACGUACAGGAGCCAUGAUCAAAUUGCGAGGAUACUCAGUCGUCCCUGGAAAAGUCGAGAACGCAAUUGUUAAAUACCUGGCUGUCCACCGCGCUGCCGUCGUUGCCAAUGGAGAAGGACUGGAGAGGCAAUUGGUAGCAUACUUCGUCCGCGACCGUGAAGCCUCGGAGGAUCGACCCAAGCUCGAGAUCAACGAUACCGGCCACAGCCCGCAGGCGCGUCGAACUCUAUCCCAGUCUCUUGCACCAUACAUGAUCCCGUCUCUGUGGGUUGAGCUUGAUGAGCUUCCCACGCAUGGUGUUUCCGGCAAAGUCGACCUCGCGCGCCUUCCUCCGCCAACACCACGUGCAAAAUCACCCGUUAAUGGCCAGAGGGCAGAGCAUGACCCAAUUCAGAUUGAGGCCAUCAAAGAGAUCUGGGCUGCUUCGCUUAAUGUCGGCGCAGACGCAGUAACACCAGAGCACAACUUCUUCGACCUCGGUGGACACUCGCUCUCACUCGCCGAUCUUGCUUCCCGGUUAUCUAACCAGUUCGGUUUCCGUGUACCUGUGUCUCGCCUUGCCGACCCUGCCACGCUUAAUGGACAUCUCGAGACCCUCCGAUCCGUGAGAGACGGUGUGACAGCUUCCAUCCAGGCGGACCUUCCCGCAGUUCUGCGCGCCGACAGUGUUCUCGAUAAGGACAUCCAGAUCAGUGAUGUGAAGCCAUGCUCGCUCAAGGAUGCUGAUACUGUCCUGCUUACGGGUGUGACUGGUUUCUUGGGCGCAUUCCUGCUCAACGAUCUAUUGGAGAACACUUCGGCCAAGGUUAUCUGUCUCGUUCGUUUUAAUGACCCCUCCCAGGACGAUCUCCCAGGAGGCAUUGCUCGUAUCCGUAGGAACCUUCUCGACUUUGGCCUAUGGAACGACUCGAUCAUGGAGCGAGUGGAGAUUCUUCCGGGUAAUCUGUCUAGAAAGCGCUUCGGUCUUUCUCCCGAGGCAUUCAAAGAUGUGGCUUCGCGAGUCCAGGUGAUCAUCCAUGCUGCAGCUACCGUCAAUUUGGUCUACCCGUACGCUGCCCUGAGACGUGCCAACAUCGGUGGUACCCGUGAAAUCAUUCGUCUCGCGGCACUGGGAAGUGCAAGCCUUCUCUAUGUUUCUACAAACGGUGUUUUGCCACCAGCACUGACGCAAGCGGGCUGGCCCGAGAAUGCCAUGCUCACUGCGGACGAAGUCCCUGAAAAGAUUCCCGACGGCUAUGGCCAGACUAAAUGGGUUGCUGAGCAACUUGCUGUAGAGGCAUCGAAGCGUGGCCUCCCUGUCAGAAUUCUCCGGUGCGGAACUAUCAGUGGACACAGUGCCUCCGGAGCAGCCAAUGCAUGGGAUCUCCUCACCGCUUUCAUCGUUGAAUCUGCACAGAUUGGAUACUGGCCGGACGUACCAGGCUGGCGUGCCGAGAUGACUCCUGUUGAUUUCGUUAGCAAGGCCAUUGUUCACUUGGGCAACCAGACCCACGCUGAUCAAUUAGUCUUCCACCUCGGUGACCCAACACCUGUCCAGAUGAGCGAGGUAUUCGACAUUCUGCAGACCCUCGGAUAUCCAUCUCAGCCACUAGGAUUCGACGAGUGGGUUUCCCUCUGGACUGAGAAGCGUGGAUCCGCUAAGGGCGGUGACGGCGCCUUCACAGUCGAUGUCCUCCGUACUGGUAUGCCUAGCGUAGAAUUCCUCCGUGAUAUUGUCGUGCUUGACAAUGCGGCGACACGGCCUUUCCGCGCUCAGGUCCAGCGGCCCAAGGUCGACGAAGUCCUCCUAGAAACCUAUGCAAGACACUGGUUCGCAAGAGGUUGGCUUCCCCGCCCUCCAAAGCAGAACUUUGCUAAGGGAGGUUCCGCGCAACUGCCACGACGCGGUCCUCUCUUCGGGCGCGUGGCCGUCGUUACUGGCGCCUCCAGCGGUAUCGGUGCCGCUGUAACCACAGCUCUUGCACGCGCGGGUUGCCACAUCGCCAUCGGUGCUCGCCGCGUGGACGAGCUCGAGAAGGUCAAAAAAAGCCUUGUCGUCCGUGAGGGCAAGGUCAUCAUCCGAAAGACGGACGUCACGGACAGGAAGCAAGUCGAAGAACUCAUCAACGCAGCAGAGACCGAACUGGGUCCCGUCGACAUCCUAGUUUCAUGCGCCGGCGUCAUGUACUUCACCAUGAUGGCGAACAACCAGGUCGACGAGUGGGAGCGCACCGUCGACGUCAACUGCAAGGGCCUUCUCAACUGCCUGUCCUCCACCGUCCCCGGCAUGCUCAAGCGUGGAAAAGGCCACAUCGUCGCCAUCUCCUCCGACGCCGGCCGCAAAGUCUUCCCCGGCCUGGGCGUCUACUCAGCCAGCAAAUUCUUCGUCGAGGCCACGCUCCAGAGCCUGCGUCUCGAGACUGCGGGCACAGGUCUACGUGUGACAUCAGUGCAGCCAGGAAACGUGGCAACGGACCUCCUAGGCAUGUCGACGGACCAGGAGGCCCUCAAGAAGUAUGGCGAGCCGUCCGGCGCGAAGGUCCUGGACGCAGACGACAUCGCCAGAUCCAUCAUCUACGCGCUCAAGCAGCCUGACCACGUCUCCGUCAACGAGGUGCUCAUCGAGCCGAGAGACGAGCCGAUAUAGACGCACGCAUCCGUGGGCGUUAGAUUCGAUUCUGAUAUCCAAUGCUAGGAGAAGAUAGAUAAUAUCUGGAAGAACGGCCAUAGCGAACAAGGGAAGGGGGUAAUCCAUAUGAUCUGAUACCACAAACACAAUGUGAUAUGUCACGAUAUCUUUCUGUCAGUCUUCAUAAAUGAGACUGACCAUCAUCCCCCGUCCUGUAUCAAAUAAACAUAGGUUAGAGGACCUGGACGGUU